AUGGGUCUUUUCAAUGUAUUUAUAUCACCAGACCCCACAGCUAUACCCACAUUUGAUCCAUCAAUCGAUUCAAUCAAUUUACAAAUCAAGUCACUAUUAUAUCUAUUCAAAAGACUACGAAUCAAAAAAUUAGCCUCAUUGGUGGGCCAGGAUGGUAAAUUGAAGUAUGCAGAUACAGAGGUAGUGGUGGUGUUUGAUAAUGACCCAACAUUUACCAAACUAGACAAGACCUAUAAUGUCGCCAAAUUUGAAGCAAUUCUACUUGAUGAUGAGUAUCGAGUAGUGGUUGAUUUCAUCAAGAAUAAGUUUCGGGCGAUGUGCUUUAUUAAUGAAGUGCCUGUUAAUUUGUCACGGCCGGGUAGUCCCGUACGUGACCAAUCAACGAAUACUGGCUCAGAUAAAGAUGAAUUUCCGCCCUUUUUAGAUUAUAAAGAACGCAAGUCGAAGUUAUUUGAAUUCACCCUUUUCCCCAUUUCACAGCACCACACAAUGGAGUCAAUUGCAAGUAUACUCAGUGGGUCGAAGAUAUAUAUUGAGCAUAAAGUCCCGUUUUUGAAACGAUACAAUAUUGCUCUUGCUGCAAUAGCUAAAGUUAUGUGCACCCUGCCAAAUGCAAAAUUUAUCAUUAAUCAGGAUAAGAAGCUGAAAAUUAUAAGAAAUUAUCUUGUGCUAUUGGCAACUCACGUACAAGUGAUGAGGAUAUACGAUGAAUAUACUAAAUUGCAUCCACUUGUGGCGUCACCUACCAAGUCGCUUAAUCAUUCGGUAUCGAAAUUGUCUCUUGGUAACUCGUCAGUGGCGUCGUCACCAUCAUCAUCACCAACAAAGCCGCAUACGAAGUCUCCUGUAAAAUUGUCUGCAAAGCCAGCCAGGAGAGAUUCGCAAACACUCCUUCGAACAAAACCCUCAAUACUGCAGCUAAAACUUGACGAAUUGUAUAAUCCGGUAGCUAAUCCACCACUACUUCAACCUGAUGACAAAAAGUCGGGCCCAAAGACAAACAAUGGUGUGGGUACUGGUGCUGGUGUUGGUUCUAGAUCUGGUUCAGAACCGGGUGCAAGCUCGGGAUCAGUUACAUUGUUGGAAGAUACUGAAGGCAGGGAGAUAUUGCGACUCGAUGUUUAUGAAAGAUGUAAAGUUGCAAUCAAUGACAGGAUCAAGUCUGAAAGAAAGAAAUUGGCCAAAUCUCAGGCAAGCUCUUAA